CCAAGAGAGAAAGGCAAGGCAGGCAAGCGCAGGGCGGAGUUCUUUCCCCUCUCCCUCGGCUUCUACGCAUGCGCGCCCUCCUCCCUUCGGCGCAAGGGCUCUCCGAGUGACGCCUGCGUGCUUUGGGACAGCGCUUGGAAGGAGAGGGGGAACCUCUCAAGGGCACAACAAUCUUUGGAACCAAAUCUUCUUGUAUUUUACUCUGCUGAGACCAUCUGAAUUCAGUGGGGGGUUACUCUCAAGAUUUGCUACUGGAAACCUGAUGGCUCUACUGAAAAGGUCCCUGGGGUUACUCCUACCCCAAAUAUAUAGAACAACAAAUCAUCAAAAUUUCAGCCUCAGUGGGGCCUGCAGUGCCAUCCAGAAGAUGACUCGUGUACGAGUGGUGGAUAACAGUGCCUUGGGAAACACACCCUACCAUCGGCCUCCAAAAUGCAUCCAUGUGUACAACAAAAAUGGAGUGGGCAAAGUAGGUGACAAAAUCCUUCUAGCUAUCAAAGGGGAAAAGAAAAAGGCUUUAAUUGUGGGUCACAGGAUGCCUGGUCCUUGCAUGACUCCCAGGUUUGAUUCAAACAACGUGGUGCUCAUUGAAGAUAAUGGGAACCCAGUUGGGACAAGGAUUAAAACACCAAUACCCUCCUUUCUUCGGAAGCGGCAAGAAUUCUCAAAAGUGUUGGCCAUUGCCCAGAACUUCGUGUGACAAGCAAGGGAAUGUACAGUAAUGUAACCACUUCAACAAGUUGUAUUCUCUGCACCUUGAUUUCUCCAAGCUCUAAGAAAAAUAAAGAAAUAAGUUUGAGAUGUCUUUGCAUCUGCACAUGAAAUAAAAGACUGUUAUUAAGACUUCUCUUCAAAGUUAUAUUGUUUCCCCUUUUUGUGAGAGUUGUUCUAACAUGGUGUAAUUAAAGUUCAAGAUGUUAAUUCACUGUUUUUGUUUGCAUGACUGGUGGUUUCUGAUGGUGGGAAGAGAGAGGACACAAAAUGCCAUAUGAGCCAACUGAAUGUUAUGCUAGGGCAGUCAUAAAAGCUCCUGAAUGUUCAUCUCCCGUUAGUCACUUUGUGUUUCUUUGUUUUCUCAACCUUUAUUCUGUUGGAACAUUUCAUACCGUUUAGAAAAUCUUUGUCCAGGCUGUUGCCAGCAAAAACAACUUACCAAAACAGAAAAAAAUGACUGUACAAGAAAACACUGAUGUUAUGUUUUCAAUAAAAAGAAACAAAAGAAAUAAGGAAGAAAGAAAA